GCUGACCGGCGGGCAAGAUGGACGCCGAGAGCCUCCUGCUGUCUCUGGAGCUGGCGUCGGGCAGUGGGCAGGGCCUGAGCCCGGACCGUCGGGCUUCGCUGCUCACUUCCCUCUUGCUGGUUAAGCGCGACUAUCGCUACAGUCGGGUGCUCUUCUGGGGCCGCAUCCUUGGCCUGGUCACCGAUUACUACAUCGCGCAGGGCCUGAUUGAGGACCAACUUGCACCGCGCAAGACACUGUACAGUGUGAACUGCAUGGAGUGGAGCCUCUUGCCCCCUGCCACAGAGGAGAUGGUGGAGCAGACGUCAGUGGUGAAGGGCCGCUUCAUGGGGGACCCCUCACAUGAGUAUGAACACAUCGAGAUGCAGAAGGUGAACGAGGGUGAUAAAGUCUUUGAAGAAGAAGUAGUGGUCAGGAUCAAGGAAGAGACCCGCUUGGUGUCCAUCAUCGACCAGAUUGACAAGGCUGUGGCUAUUAUCCCCCGAGGUGCCCUCUUCAAGACCCCUUUUGGACCCAUCCAUGUCAAUCGGACCUUUGAAGGACUGUCUGUGUCCGAAGCCAAGAAGCUCAGCUCCUACUUCCACUUCAGGGAGCCUAUUGACCUGAAGAAUAAGACCUUGCUUGAGAAGGCUGACCUAGACCCCUCAUUGGACUUCAUGGAUUCUCUGGAGAAUGACAUCCCCAAAGGGUCCUGGAGCAUCCAGAUGGAGAGGGGCAAUGCCCUGGUGGUGCUGCGCAGUCUGCUCUGGCCAGGCCUCACCUUCUACCACACCCCUGGCACCAAGAACUGUGGCUAUAUCUACGUGGGCACCGGUGAGAAGAACAUAGACUUGCCUUUCAUGCUGUAGGAGAGGCCAGCCCAGGAACUUUUUAUGUAGAGCAUAAAAUUAUUUUCAUACAUUUCAGUGAAGCUGGUCUGUUUGUUCUAUCCUGCCUCUUCCCCUCAUCUCCACCUCCAUCUGGUGUCCAGGCUCUGAGGACACCACAGCACUAAAGCAAGUGGCAGAAGAUCAGAAUGUGCUAACAAGAAUGAAUGGAGGGUGGAAAUGGCUGUGGAAGGUGACAGCCAGGAGCCCUCUGAGGAAGGCAGCUCCUAGACUCAGAUUAAGUCAUAUGGGGGCCAGGCAGCCCAUCUCUACCCCCCCACCCGCCCCGUAGCCCUUAGGCCUAAGACUAAAUGGACGAUGGUAACCUGUCUGGCCCAUGAAAUCCCUUCGGUUUA